GCCUUUUCUGCCUGCAGCUACUUUCGCUUUCCAGUGGCCGCUGGACGGACACACCCGCAGCCCCCUCGACGCCCACCGGACCCCCAGACUCCCCAGAUCGCGCAAAGCGGGCGCGCGCGGGAGACGCAGCAUCUCCGCGCCCACCCCUGCCCGACCCAGCGCGCAGGGCAGUUUUCUGCAUCCCCAGAGUGCUGCGUAAAAGUUAGACGCUUGCACCCCGUGCUUGCAAACCCCAAAGACUUGAGCCCAGAAGUGCUGUGUGUGGCUGCUGCGUGGGUCCAAUCCCCUGCCCCGUGUGGGGACCACCUGUGGGGACAGGAUGUCUCAGUGGUAUGAACUCCAGCAGCUUGACUCCAAAUUCCUGGAGCUGGUUCAUCAGCUCUACGAUGACAGUUUUCCCAUGGAAAUUAGACAGUACCUGGCACAAUGGCUAGAAAAGCAAGACUGGGAGCAUGCUGCCUAUGACGUUUCAUUUGCCACUAUCCUUUUUCAUGACCUCCUGUCACAGCUGGACGAUCAAUACAGCCGCUUUUCCUUGGGAAAAAAAUUUUUAUUGCAGCAUAACAUAAGGAAAAGCAAGCGUAAUCUUCAGGAUAAUUUUCAGGAGGAUCCAAUACAGAUGUCCAUGAUUAUCUAUAACUGCCUGAAGGAGGAAAGGAAAAUCCUGGAAAAUGCUCAGAGAUUCAAUCAGGCCCAGUCAGGCAAUGUUCAGAGCACGGUGAUGUUGGACAAACAGAAGGAGCUUGACUGCAAAGUCAGAAAUGUGAAGGACAAUGUUAUGUGUAUAGAGCAUGAUAUCAAGACCCUGGAAGAUUUACAGGAUGAAUAUGACUUCAAAUAUAAAACCUUUCAGAACAGAGAGAAUGAAACCAAUGGUGUAGCCACGAAAGAGCAGAAACAAGAAAAGCUUUUACUUCAGCAGAUGUUUUUAAGGCUUGACAAUAAGAGAAAGGAAGUAGUUCACAAAAUAAUCGACUUGUUGAAUGUCACUGAGCUGACCCAGAAAGCCCUGAUUAAUGAUGAGCUGGUGGAGUGGAAGCGGAGACAGCAGAGCGCCUGCAUUGGAGGCCCCCCCAAUGCCUGCCUCGAUCAGCUGCAGAACUGGUUCACCAUCGUUGCCGAGAGUCUGCAGCAGGUGCGUCAGCAGCUGAAGAAGCUGGAGGAGCUGGAGCAGAAGGUUCCCUACGACCACGACCCGAUCACCAAGAACAAGUCGGUGCUGUGGGACCGCACCAUCACCCUCUUCCAGCAGCUCAUUCAGAGCUCAUUUGUGGUGGAAAGACAGCCGUGCAUGCCGACUCACCCGCAGAGGCCCUUAGUCUUGAAGACGGGGGUGCAGUUUACAGUGAAGUUGAGAUUGUUGGUGAAAUUACCGGAGCUGAAUUAUAACCUGAAAGUCAAAGUCUUAUUUGACAAAGAUGUGAAUGAGAAAAAUACAGUGAAAGGAUUCAGAAAGUUCAACAUCUUGGGCACACAUACAAAGGUGAUGAACAUGGAUGAGUCCAUCAACGGAAGUCUGGCGGCAGAGUUUCGACACCUGCAACUGAAAGAACAGAAAAAUGCAGGCACCAGGACUAAUGAGGGUCCUCUCAUCGUCACUGAGGAGCUCCACUCCCUUAGUUUCGAGACCCAGUUGUGCCAGCCUGGUUUGGUCAUUGACCUGGAGACGACCUCUCUGCCCGUUGUGGUGAUCUCCAAUGUCAGCCAGCUCCCCAGUGGCUGGGCCUCCAUCCUGUGGUACAACAUGCUGGUGGCGGAACCCAGGAAUCUCUCCUUCUUCCUGAACCCUCCGUGUGCACGCUGGGCUCAGCUGUCAGAGGUGCUCAGCUGGCAGUUUUCUUCUGUCACCAAGAGAGGGCUCAACGCGGACCAGCUAAACAUGCUGGGAGAGAAACUUCUGGGCCCUAAUGCCAGCCCGGAAGGUCUGAUUCCGUGGACAAGGUUCUGCAAGGAAAACAUCAAUGAUAAAAACUUUUCUUUCUGGCUUUGGAUCGAAAGCAUCCUUGAACUCAUUAAGAAGCACCUGCUCUCGCUCUGGAAUGAUGGGUGUAUCGUGGGCUUUAUCAGCAAGGAGGGCGAGCGUGCUCUGCUCAAGGACCAGCAGCCCGGGACCUUCCUGCUGCGCUUCAGCGAGAGCUGCCGGGAAGGGGCCAUCACCUUCACCUGGGUGGAGCGUUCGCAGAACGGAGGCGAACCUUACUUCCAUGCCGUUGAACCCUACACGAAGAAAGAACUUUCUGCUGUUACUUUCCCUGAUAUUAUCCGCAAUUACAAAGUCAUGGCUGCUGAAAAUAUCCCAGAGAAUCCUCUGAAGUAUCUGUACCCAAACAUUGAUAAAGACCAUGCCUUUGGGAAGUACUACUCCAGGCCAAAGGAAGCCCCGGAACCAAUGGAACUCGAUGGCCCCAAAGGAACAGGAUAUAUCAAGACCGAAUUGAUUUCUGUGUCUGAAGUUCACCCUUCUCGGCUUCAAAACACGGACAACCUUCUCCCGAUGUCUCCUGAGGACUUUGACGAGGUGUCCCGGAUGGUGGGCAGAGUGGAGUUUGACAUGAUAAAUGAAGUCUAGACCAGGAAUUUUCCUCAUCUUCUCGGGCCAGAUUUCCCCUGUUCCCAUUUGUGAUUUCCUGCUACUCUGUUCCUUCACAUCCUGUGUUUCUAGGGAAAUGAAAGAAAUGUCAACAAAUUUGCUGCAAGCUGUGAUAGCGAGUGGAUUUCCCCCUAAUUCAGAAACCCUGAAAGGCUUCACACAUCUCAUUUCAAGGUAAAAGUGGGAAGCCUUCUCCACAGUGUGGGUUUUGUGAGUACCCAAAGCAUAAGAAUUCUAGUGAGAGAGCUUUGGGAGGUGGGAGUUUAGAAGCAUCUAGAAAAUGCUGAGCAGAAGCUAGUGCCUACCUGUUAAAGGUGGUUGGAUAGGUCACAUGGUUAUUUAGGGAACUUUUUGAUGUAAGAAUGACACAUUUCUGCUCAGGAGAUUUCUUGUUCUCUCUCUGCUUUAUGUGUGGCUAAAAGCUUCCCAGUGGUCCAUCAACGAAAGAGUUCAGAACUAAACUGACUUUAUAGCACCCUUCUAUCAAAUGGAGCUGUUCCGUUUCUGGGAAGCUGAUAAAAUUUGGCUUAUUUUAUUACAUCUUCCCAUUUUAAACAAAAGGAAAAUUCUGUAUUUCUAGGAAGAAAAAGGCUGUGUGUUUAUAGUAGCUUUAGGAUACUGGUUCAUAUCGAGAGAAGGAAGUAAGUGUACUUCCAAAUAUAUGACUAGUGCUUUCUGUUUAAACUUGAAUAUCCAGGGGUAAAUAACAUUGUAUUUAUCUUCUACAUGGUCACCUGUAAAUGAAAUUAUCUUCAUAGUUCCACCAAGAGAUCCAGAUUGUGUUAACAGUAUCUCUGGAAGCAAAUCGAAUUAUUUUCCCAGAUGUUAAAAUUAUCCAUGGAUGUGGACAGUCAAAUUUGUUUCUUCUUGUUAAUUCGUCUUAUAGUCAUUAGCUAGUAUUCAGUUGUUCAGAAAGUUUAAUAAUUUAGAAAAAAGUUCCCUGACAGAUCAUUUAACUUGAAUAUGACAAAUAAUUUGAACACUUGUGUAACUGCAUUGUGAAUUACAUAUUUUUCACUAAUGUGGUUCUCUGACAAAUACACAUGCAAAUGGGCUAUUUAUCUCUGUUGUGCUUUUUCUAGACCUCGUUCUGACUGCUUUUUGUGAAGUGUAUUGUGUUACUUACCUUCUGACACAUUAAAAAGUGGUUUAGGGA